CGCGCGCGGUUAGUGAGUGAGUCACCUCUCCUUCUGCGGUCUGUCAAACUCCUGACGUGACGUCAGAUUCAGCGAAUCAAUCUACAGUCCAUCUAAAAAUGUAUUGAGUAUGAUAGUUCAGUUGUAGUCGCUCAUGACGUGCGGGCGCCGGACUUGACGCAGCUGAGAUGCGCGACGCGUUGUUAACGCCCGUCAGACGCUUCCCAUGGGCGACCAAUGUGACCCUGUACGGGUGUCUGUUCGCCGGGGGAGAUUUCGUCCACCAAUGUUUCUCGCGUAAAGAACACAUCGACUGGAGACACACGCGGAAUGUGGCGGUAGUUGCUUUCAGUUUUCAUGGCAACUUUAAUUUCUUCUGGAUGCGCUUUCUGGAGCGACGCCUCCCCGGGAACGCGCUGCAGAUGGUGCUGCGGAAACUGCUGCUGGAUCAGACGCUCGCCGCGCCGCUCGCCAUCAGCGCCUUUUAUACAGGUGUGAGCGUUCUGGAGGGCAGAGAUGAUGUUCUUCAAGACUGGAGAGAGAAGUUCCUCAACACAUACAAAGUGAGUUUCAUCAGAAAGUUUGAUUAA